UUGUGGAGACUCCUCCAGCAUGACAUGUCUGCUUCUCGGGAUACACCUGGUCAUGAUCUCCCUACGGCUCCUCCUCCAGCACCUGUCGAUAAGAGUAACAUAUCUGCUCGCAUGCUUCUGCACGAUACGCAAGCUCAGUUGGAAAGAUUCUCUCAUCGUGCCGACCUGCUUCUCCAGGGCGUUGACGAUGUGAAGGCGGGUACUUCAACGACACAGGCGCUCUUCAAACAAGAUCGCGAAGCUCUAGUUGAUGAAUUUGUUAGGAUAGCCUCCAGAUGCCAGAAGGAGCUCCGUUUAUGCUUAGGCGAACCCGCUCAAGCUUCAAAACUCAACGAAGCCACCAUGCUGCUCAGCACGACGGAUUCUCGCUUAUCAGCUUUG